GACUAUAAAAGCAUUGUUUUCCCCUCUUUUCCUCUUAACUUCAAAUUUACCAAGUCUCUCCUUCAUCCUCUUUCCUCUCCUCUCCCACCUCACACAGCUAUUAAGCAAGCUCGGAUAAAUUCGCUCUCAAGCCUGAACCAUGGUUUUACUUAGCAAGAUAGCCGUGAUGGCCGUGGGCCUCAGCUCAUCAGCUGCGCUUGCCAGCGUCAUUCCCCGCAACACAAUCCACUUCAUCUCUAUGGAUAACAUAGACAGAAUCCUCUCCUUUACAUCCCACCCUGAGUGUGAGGACAUUGCGGACAUUCACCACAAAGGUGGAGAGAGCUUCGUUAUGGAAAUGCCUUAUGGCUGGGGAGGUACUGUUAUGGCUAAGCAGUAUGAUUCGGUUGUCCCUGUCUUCCGUGUUCAAGCCGAGAUUCAAUGGCAAAAGUUCGAAGGCAAAACCUACUACGAUGCCAGCGCCAUCACCAACAAUACCGAUAACUCUGGUAUCCGUUUUGUUUACCCAGCUGGCCAGGGCAAUGUCCACAGCGCACGAAGUGGAUGCACCGUUUAUCCUUGCGAUACUGCCUAUCUCAAGAGUGACGACGUGCAAACAAGGGUCACUGAACAAACUGAUAUGGUUGUUGAGAUUGGUACCAAAUACUAAGAGCUUCCAAUUGAAUAUCUGAUGGCGUUCGCGGGCGUUUUCGUUUCGGCUUGCCUUCAGUCUCGGCAUCCUUAGAUCGCCAUUUUCGGUAAAUCGAAAGCAUACUUCCAUGUCAGGCGAUUCCUUCGGUGUGAAAGGGCAAGAGUCUGGGGGUUUCAAAGCUCGAGAAUAUACCCUGGGAUCUGAUCUAAACGAAGUUCGACGGUGGUCUUGGAAUUUGUUGGGUUAUCUCGUGGAUAAUUUCGAACAUGUAUGAUAUAAAAAUGUGCUGCCUAGUAAAGAUGCACAUGCAGAAGAAAUAUUAUCACACAUCAAACAUACAUAAGAAAUGAAAAGUGGCAGAAUGAUUAGUCA